AUGCGCUUCUCAACUUACUCCACCGCGAGCGUGUUGGCCGCUUUGGCCUCUGCUCAAACCUUCACGGACUGCAACCCUAUGGAAAAGACUUGCCCCAACGACCCUGCCAUGCCUCAGACCUGGGAGACCGACUUCACUGCUGGCAAGGAUGCUAUCAAGGGCUGGAAGCAGACUGCAGGUGACCUUACCUAUGGGCCUGAGGGAGCCGAGUUUACCGUGGCCAAGAAGGGCGAUGCGCCCACUAUUGGCUCUGAAGGAUAUCUACAUUUCGGUUACGUCGAGGUUGUCAUGAAGGCCGCUCCUGGCACCGGCAUCGUUUCAUCUAUCGUUCUCCAGUCCAACGACUUGGAUGAGGUCGACUGGGAAUGGAUUGGAGGCGUCGACAGCCGUGUGCAGAUGAACUACUUUGGCAAGGGUAACACAACGACCUACGACCGCAUGAUCGAAGCCGAUGUGGCCAACAACCAGAAAGAGUUCCACAAAUACGCUCUAAACUGGACCUCAUCAGCCCUAACCUGGAUCAUCGACGACAAGCCCAUCCGCACCCUCAACUUCGCCGACGCAAACGGCGGCAAGAACUUCCCCCAAACCCCCUGCAACGUCCGCCUCGGCAACUGGCCCGGCGGCGACUCCAAAGAUGAAGGAACCCGCCAAUGGGCCGGCGGCAAUGUCACCUACGAGAACGCCCCCUUCACCAUGACGGUCAAGAGCGUUAAAGUUAUCAACUACUCUCCCGGCAAAGAGUACGAAUGGACCGAUAAAACCGGUAGCUUCCAAUCCAUCAAGGUCCUCGACGCCGGCAACAAAGACGGCGCCCCCAUCAACGCCACCCCCAUCACCAAGCCCGUAAACGGCACUCAGCCCCCCCUUGAAGCCGGCGUCGACGCCCCCGCUGCGAGCGGCGAGGCAGGCUCAGGCAGCGGCGCAGACAAAGAAGAGCCAUGCGACUGCGGAACUGCAUACGUAACCGUCACCGCACCUCCUCCUGGUGCCUCUGCCCCUCCUGCUACCACCGCGCCCCCAGCCACCAUCACCUCGACCUUCGACGCCGUACCCAUCGAGAGCGCAAAGAGCAUGUUGUCCUCUGUCCUUCGCGCUUCUUCAUCUGCUCGCCUCGCGAUUGAUACUAGGUCUGCGCCUGGUGUACCCAUGCCUACAGCCCCCACUGGUGCGAUCCCGCUGCCUCAGACUAAUGGCACUGGAACGGCGGUUGCGCCCCCGCAGUUUACGGGUUCGGCGAAUAAGAUUGCUGCUGGGGGUUUGGUUGGUGCGAUUGUCGGGGCUGUGGUGAUGGUGUUGUAA